AUGCCCUGCGUGUACGACGGCCUCACCGCCCGCCUGGUGGAGCGUGCGGGCUUCGAGCUCACCUUCAUGACGGGGUUCGGCGUGAGCGCAGCGCGAGGGUACCCGGACUGCCAGCUGGUGUCCUUCCAGGAAAUGGUGGAGAGCGGGCUCAUGGUCUGCGGCAGCCUGCGCGGCAUCUGCUGCAUCGGCGACGGGGACACAGGCUACGGGAACUGCGUGAACGUGAAGCGCACAGUGCGGGCAUACGCACAGAUCGGCAUGGCUGGGGUCAUGAUAGAGGACCAGGUGGCCCCGAAGCGCUGCGGCCACACCAAGGGCAAGGCGGUCGUCUCCCGUGAGGAGGCUGUCGCGAGGGUGCGGGCGGCGUGCGACGCGCGAGACGAGGGACCGAACGACAUCUGCAUACUGGCCCGCACCGACGCGCGUGGGCCGAUCGGUCUCCGAGAGGCGUUGGAGCGCUGCAGGGAGUUCGUGGACGCCGGCGCAGACAUCACGUUCCUGGAGGCCCCAGAAUCUCUGGAGGAGAUGGAGCAGUAUUGUCGCGAGGUGCCUGGCCCCAAGCUUGCCAACAUGCUGCCCAGCGGCAAGACGCCCAUGUCGGGUCGGACCCGCCUGGAGCAGAUGGGCUACGCCAUCGCGGCCUACCCGCUGACCCUCCUGUCGUGCGGGCUGAGGGCCCAGCAGGAGGCCCUGGAGCGGCUGAAGGCGGGGCAGAGCGUUGCAGACCUGGAGCUGGACUUCGAGGCGCUGAAGGACGUCGUAGGCUUCAACGAGUACUACGCCGAGGAAGCCAGGUACAGGGCCUGA